AUGAUGAAGCAAGUGAAGAACCUUUUUCUUCGUUCUUAUGACCUAAACGAUGAGCCUUCAUGGUCCGAAGAGUCCAGGAGGACGGAUCCAGAAAGUCCCAGUCCUCCUUGGCCACCAGAACCUCGACGAUCGGGAAGAAGCUGCCAGGCUGUGCACGUGGAGGACGACUGUGUCAGCGUCGCCUCCAGGAAGAGCACCAGGUCCUCCUCCAACAGCAGGGCUCCAGUAGAUACUAGCGGGAAGACCACUGUCUCCUUGGAUGGCGCCGAGGGGCUGGCGUUCAUGUUGGCCGCAGGCGCCACCACCAACGGCCAGAACAACGAGUUUACUCCCUACGGCUAUGUCUCCAGACCUGGGUCUUCCCCCAUCAGUUACAGUUUGUGGGGUUCGAAUGCAUCCACAACUAGUUCGGAGGAGUCUCAUCGCCGUCACUUUAGCCGAAGUCUGUGUCGAGUGGUGUUCGGGUGCGCUGUUCUCCUGGUGAUCCUGGCAGUGUUGGGGAUCGUGGGCAUAGCAGUAUACCUCGGAGUGCUGACAAAUGAAGACGAGGGGUCAAGGUUCGAAGUGCGGUACCGAGGAGAGCUGGUGGUGAUGCGAGGGGACUCAUGGAUCCCAGACCUGGCAGUACUAGAGUCACCAGCCUUCAAGGCUAAGGCCACCAAGUACCAGAAGAUGUUUUUGACUGUAUAUGAGAAGAGCUUCUUGAAGGGGUCUCUGCGAAAGGUGAAGGUGGUGCAAUUCCUUAAGAAUCCAGCCAACAGCAGGGGCCUCACCAUACACUUCAGGCUUACACUCGAUCGACGAAAGAUGCCCAGCCAUGUGGACAACACAGAGUUGGCUGUACAGGAUGUACUGCUGCAGGAGCUCAUGAGUUUAGAACCUGUAGCCUUCCAUAAUGUUGCUGUCAAUAUUGAUUCUUUUCAUCUGGCUCGAGAAGCAGAAGCUGGCAGUGUGGAGACUAUGACUGCAGCCUCUGCAUCCGAGGCCCGAGAUGAAGAUGUGCAGGUCAUCAAAGUGGAGGGGACGCAGGAAGCCCCUGGGGGAGCUAUCAUGAUUCGUAAGCCCUCAGGUUCACCCACCCUGAAGCAAGAUAAGGAAGAGCUGCCACAACAGGAAGUAGAAGAGCCAGUGAGCAGCACAGUAGCCAACCUCAUCUACCAGUUUGGUCCCUGGCGUCCCAUUGAUCCUUUCAAUGUAUUCAGACCAUCUCCAACUGGUUAUCCUACCACCAAACCAACUCCUCCUGAUCCCCUUGUUCGAAACAAUGCACGCCCAUUCUUCAGCCCAACUCUCAGACCUCCACAACCAUCAGCCAUAGCCUCUAAACCUGCAGUCAGUAUUGCUGCUAGGGACUCUACGUCAACAUCACCCAAGCCACCAACUACAGCUACCACCACUACCACUACAGUUACUCCUCCCACCUCUCCAACAACUAUUGUCACCACAACUAUGUCAGCCAUGCCAGUGCCAACAUCAACAAUUUCUUCACUUUUCAUUGAGCGAGUUGGUAUUGCUGGAGAAGGCUCCGGUGCUACAGACAACAGAAUGAUCACAACCAAAAGAAACCCAUCAAAGGAUGACUUUCAGGCUUUCUUGGCAGACUUGCUCUUCUUCACAACACCUCGGCCUCACUCAGCUGCUGGAGUGACUCGGUCUCAGCUCCAACUACCUCAUCAUGUACCUUCGUCAGCUGGAUCAAGCUUCAGUGGCAAUCAAGGACAACCUCAUGCCCAAAAUUAUUCUCCAAAUAUUGAAAAUGCACAGAAAAUCUUGGAUCAUAAUAGAAGACAUCAGUCAUACUCCACAUCUCAUUCAUCAUCUACCAGUAACACGGCUACAACUAUUUCUAUGCAAACACCUGGAGUACCUAAGGUGACUUCUUACUCUGGUGUCAGGGAACCUUUAUCUCCCAGACCACCACCAGUAAUCCAGUUCCCACAAGAUAAGUUCAGGUAUCCAAGUUCCUCAUCCCCUAUAUCCACAACAGGGACAACGCGCUUCAGCAUCUUCGACUUUCUCACCACUCGGAAGCCUCUCAUACUAAAUACUGAACUUGUAACAUCCACCAGUACAGACAUAGAAUAUGGAUCAACAGAUCACCAUGCCACUCUCAACCAAAAAGAUACUAUACAUCACUUUAAUCCUGUAUAUAUACCAACCAGUAGUAGUUCACUUGCACCUGUUUACCGCCCUGAUGCACCUGCAUAUCCACAUAACAGUGAUCGUGGCACUACUGACAAGUACAGUCCUGUUUAUAAACCAAGCAGAGAGUCAGCUUCUUUGAAAGAUUUUCCCAAAGACCAGAAUUAUGUAACAGUUCCUGUAAUUUCAGGUAAUAAUGUUAGAUACAUGAUGGUAAACAGAACUCGUUCUAACUACCCUAAUGUUGUAAUUGUCAAUCUACAAACUACUCCCGGGGGAGACAUUACAACACCCAUGACACCCGUACGUGGAGACUCGCGCAGACUCAAUACCAAAUUUCUUGAAGAUGCAUUUAAAGUUAUUUUGCAGAAUUUUAACUACCGAGGUGUUAAUGGGGAAGCAUAUGCUGAUUCCAGUCAAGGCUUCUCCAACAGACGAGGCAAACCAAUUGAUUUGGAUGUGCCAGACUCAUCAGCUCCACUCUUUGAUAGCGAUACUCAUGAGUCCAUCUCUCUCUGGUCUUUCUUGAGAAACCUGAGUCAAGUGUAUCUGUCAGACCCAGCUAUCAUACAACAACUGCAUUAUUUUGAAAAAGCUGCAUUAGAAGCUGUAAAUAAAGAGACAUUAACCACAGAAAGACCAUUACAAUCAAUAACUCCGAUGACAACGAUGCCAACACCUAUGAUGUCUUUCUUUCAGCAUCUUCAAGGGUCGGCGGACCAUAGCGAUACAUCUACGACGCCUUUCCUCAAGAAUUCUAAUGUAGUAGCAAGCCAACUUCCUGAAUAUACAUACAUUCCUCUGCGUGGAGAAGCAAUAAAAGGGCAUGCUAGUCCAUCACCUCCUAAGAUGGGUACUGUCUUAAGGAAUAAUCCAGAAAUUGUGAUGCUGGAAGACAUUUCUUCUCAAAGCUCUGUGCCUGCUCAGCCAAAGGUUUCAUCUCACCCACAUCGAUCAGCAACGUCUUCACCAUAUACAACUCUUUUCAUGACGGGUGUUAAAGGGAAGAGCUCCUCAAACCCUCAAAUCAUCAGUGUCUCCAGCAGAUCUCCUUCAGUUUCUUUCCCUGGUUCUCCCACCACUAACUCCCCCAUCCAUACAUUUGUAUUAAAAGAUGGACAGUCAAUGGAAGAGCUUCUGCAAGAAAUUUUUGAUACCAUAUCAUUAGAAGAAGAAAACGAAACUCAUCCCUCCACUGAUGCACCAGAUUCAGACAUUGAGACCACGACUUCUGAGUCUGAGACAACUUACCAGACGACUAACACUGCUGACAGUCGGAAUAGUGUUUUGGAAUCCAUUAAUCAGAUUAUCUUUCAGUAUCUUCAAGACAUGACCAAUAACCCAGAAAAUCAUCUUAAUCGGACUCUGACCUCAGCACCCACAUCCACCCCAUACCCCACCACUCCUCUUAUAGAAGAACUUACUAAGUCAUUUACCAUUCUUGAAACAACAAGACCAUCUACCAACAUUGAAACUACUGAAACAAGCACAACUGUCGAAUUUACCAAACCUUCCACCACCCACAAUUAUAAUCUCGAACUGUUCCCUGUCAUGACACGUCCCAUGUCUCCAAUAAGAACCACAACAGCAAAACCCUAUGAAAUUUUGGACGAUGGUGAUAAUGAAAUCAAAACAACGGUGAUAGGCAAUGGAAUGGUGUCGGGAGCAGAAGAGAGAACAGAAACGUCUGUGGAUGUGUCGUACAGCGUUCACACUGGCACCACAGAAUACGUAUUCAUGAAUAAUCGCACAACUUCAGUGUGUCAGAAUCCAUCACAGUUCCAAUGUGGGAGUGGAGAGUGCAUUUCUGAGUUCUCUCGCUGCAACUUAGUGCAGGACUGCCGCGACAAUUCAGAUGAGAUGAACUGUACUUGCUCUGACUUCCUCAAGAGCAAGUUCCUCAACCGUAAGAUCUGUGAUGGCAUCGUCGACUGCUGGGACCACUCUGACGAGUCCAAUUGUGACUGGUGCCAGCCAGGUCAGUUCAUAUGCUCUGGGUCGAGCCAGUGUAUCGAGCAGAAUCAGGUGUGUGAUGGCACAACCGAUUGUGAGAGUGGCGACGAUGAGAAGACCUGUGUUACCCUUGCACCGGACUUGCCCGCUGCCAACUCCCUCAACUAUCAUCACGAAGGAUAUCUUAUGGUCCGUAAGAAGGGGGUCUGGGGAAAGCUGUGCCUAGAAAACUUCGAGCGUGUCACCUCCCGAGCUGACACCACAUGGACUGUAUCUGAUCUUGGCCAGGCCGUCUGCAAAACUCUUACUUUCAACGACUUUACUCGAGUAGAGCGGCAGGAAGACCAGUCACUGAUCACCCGGGCAGCUCCUCGACUUCCACCCAGCUUCCCAACCACCAUGGCACGGACAAGUGCUCCAUCCAUUGCCACCACUCCAACUUAUUUUGAAAUUCAUGUCACAAACUCGCUUACACUGCCAUCACGUGCCAGAUCACUGUCCCAUGAAGGAGAUUCUGCCACUGACUUAAGGUUGUCGCUGGAGUUCGAAAAGACGAGUUGCCCAAAGAAGGACGUGGUGAGAGUAACAUGCUCUAACCUCCAGUGUGGCAUGAGGCCUCGUGCUGUCAGCCACCGUGCUAGGUAUUACAGAAGUGGGAGUCUGCGACAAGCACGGAUUGUAGGUGGCAAUAACAGCGGUCCUGGAUCCUGGCCGUGGCAUGCUGCGCUCUAUAAGGAAGGAGAAUAUCAAUGUGGUGCAACACUUAUCAACAGCCGAUGGCUCGUUUCCGCUGGCCACUGCUUCUUCGGGGCCACCGACAACUACUGGGUGGCACGGCUUGGGGCUCUGCGACGUGGCACAAAAUUCCCUUCACCAUACGAACAGCUCAGACACAUCACCCAUAUUUUUAUACAUCCUGAGUACGAGGACACAGGAUUCAUUAAUGACAUUUCGCUGUUGAGAGUAGAAGAACCUGUCAAGUUCACAGACUAUGUGAGGCCUGUCUGUCUCCCACCCCCCGGUGCCCCUGUUCGUCAAGGCCGUCUCUGCACUCUUGUCGGCUGGGGACAACUCUUCGAAGUUGGCAAGAUAUUCCCUGACACACUUCAGGAGGUGCAGGUUCCAUUGAUCUCCACAUCAGAGUGCCGCAAAAGGACGGUGUUCAUCCCAUUGUACCGCAUCACUGAUGACAUGUUCUGUGCAGGAUAUGACAGAGGAGGGCGGGAUGCCUGUCUUGGUGACUCUGGUGGACCUCUCAUGUGUCAGGAGCCUGAUGGUGGGUGGCAGCUGGUAGGAGUGACCAGCAAUGGCUAUGGAUGUGCCCGCCCACACCGCCCAGGCGUCUACACCAAGGUAGUCAAAUACCUUGAUUGGAUGAACCAGGUGAUGGAGCUGACUAAGAAUGAGAGGGUGGUGCCGGUGUCAGUGAGGUGUGAGGGUCGUCGGUGUCCACUCGGCCAGUGUCUUCCCCGUACCAGUAUCUGUAAUGGUUUUGUCGAAUGUUCUGAUGGAUCUGACGAGAGGAACUGUGGCUAGAUAUUACAAUUCAUCGCACAUUUUUUGGUACAUCUUCAUCCAAUUAUGUGGUCCUGAAUGGAUUUUUUUUGUGUAUGUGUCUGAUCAACCGACCUACUUUUUCAUAUAGUACAGAAAUAUGAUUUACUUCUACCGACUUACUCAAUGUGGCCUCAUUUGGUGACAUGACCUUACUUCAUUGUGUAACUCAACAUGUGAAGUGACCAUACUCAGUGAUGUAUGUGCCUUGUUUAAUAUUCCAAGUGAGGACAUGUGAGUUGUUAUUGGCCAGUACCACCCUUAGCUGCAGCUGCUUGUUAGCAAUAAUUAUCUUCAGACAAGCUAACCAGAAUACCAAAUAAUAGCCCACCAUCUUUGGAGUUUUGUUAAAAAAUUAUAGUACUGUGUAGUCACAGAUUUUUAUAUGGAAGUGUCUUGUAGUGUAGUGAACACUCUGAAAUUACCUGAGAUACUCCAAGUAAUCUUGGAAAUUUGAUCACUAUGUUACCUAGUUGACAAAAUUAUAUAGAAAUCAUAGAAAAACAACAAGCGUGGACAGCUCAAGACAUCUGGAUUUAUUGACUGGAACAGAUAAAAUAAUUGUGUGUGACAAUCAAGUAACAAGACAUUAAUUUGUCUACAGUUGCAAUGUUUCAAGAUGGGGUUAUUCUUUUCCAUCAUUAAUUUUUAUAGUGAUUAAAGGGCAUUACAACCAUGACAUUACAGAAGCUGCAAUGUAAUCCAUAGCACCUCUAGUAAAAAAAAUAGUCAAAAUAUUUAGGACGCUCGCACCACAAGUGAUGUGAACUCAACUACAUAUGCUGUGGCUUCUGAGUUAUCAUCCUUCAACACAAUGUGCUAAUAUUAAACAUAUUAAGUUAUUCAAUUUAUCCAGAUUUUUUAAGUAAAAUAUCCCAUUUUUGGCAUUGUGUUGAAGGAUCAAAAGUUGCAAUUAAACUAAAUUAUUGACAAUACAGUAAUAAUAAUAAUAAUCAUUUAUUUGUAAAAUUAUGCACUAGAAAAUGUUAGAUUUCACAUUAGUUGUACACUGAAUGUAUUUUUUAUUUAUGCUUCAUUGAAUUGACCCCUAAAGGUGCUACACAUUCAUCAGAAGUGCUUCAGAUUGCAAAGAUGUUAUAACAAUAGUCAAGCGGGUGGCUUCCUGUCCCAUCAAGGCUGCUACAAAUAGUAAUUACCAAGUAGAUAUCGGUCACUGUCACAUAACUUUGUGAAAACCUGCAAUAAUUUUACACCUUGCAACAAAAUACAGUAUGUGACUGGUAAUGCAAAUUUAGGAACAUAGAGUGCCAUUACUUGACAUUGUAAAUGUUAAACCAAACAUGAAGCACACUGCUUCAAAACUAACGAGUUCUAUCAAAUUGAUUCUCAAAUAAUUUGCGUUUUAUAUAAAACUUUCAUCAAAUCCUAUUUUAUUUUCAAAACUGGAGCAGAAACCAGGUUACAAUACCCAAGGUUAUGAUCCCCAAGACACCAUUGCAGUACUAAAGUCAUGCAGGGUAUAUAUGGGGCAGGUUUUGCUUGAUGUGCACAAACCUGGUUUCUCUGCCAUACCAAGUUCCAAAUUGGGCCAGUCUGAAACACCUUUGAUUCUUCAUUUAACAUAACUGCAUGAAAUGUCAUAGAUAGGUUCAUUUUGAACUCACUUGUGCAACUGUGCACAAAUAAUUGUCAUGUAUGAAGUCAAAACUGGCAUAACCUUAACAAUAUUACUUAUGAAUGAGAAUGUCCCCUAAUUUAUUACAGCAACAAGUGUUAAUAGUAGAAUAUGUAUUUUUACCUGAUUUACCUGAGGGGCCACUAACCCUAAUGGUAUUAUGCCAGUGAGCAUAAUAGUGUGGUAUGAAUGUGAAAAAUAUAGAAUUGGAGCAGUAGGAAUGGCAAUCUAUGAAACAUGUUAGAAGAGAGAGUAAGGAAUGUAAAGAGUGUAAAGAGUACAAAAGUCAAUAAACUGCAUGAAUGAGUCUAGCAUACUGAGAGAGUUUCAGCAUGUUGAAUGAAUGAUGAAAGACUGUAUAUUCAAUAUGUAUGUACUAUGUAUAUAGUAUAUGUAUGUACUGUAUAUUCAUACAAUAUACAAUAUAUAUUCAUACAAUAAUAUACAAUAUGUAUAUUCAAUAACAGUAUGUACUGUAUAUUCAAGUGAAUUCAAUAAUAUGAGAGGAGGAGGAGGAUGACUGAAGACUGACAGAUGAUGGGCAGACAUGAUAAAUGAGUACUCAAGUCACUGCUCAACAAUGGAAUAAAUACAUUUGUAUUGUCCAGCUUAGGAUAAUUUACAAGGAACACUGUAUACUUGGUCUUAUGAAGAGGAAGAGUGCUGUUGUGGAUAAUUUGCGGAAGAAUCAUUUUUGUUUAUCCAGGAUACAGUACUAUAUAUAAAGCAUAAACAUUGCCUUUAAGCUGAAGUACAUACAUACAUACAUAGGAUACAAGCAGAUUGUUGGAUUCAUAUUAGUUAAUUACAUCACCUGAAGCCACCGAAGUAUUUCAGGCAUAUGAAUAGACGAGUGAUUUUUUUAGUGUCCACAACUGCAAUCACUAUACAGUAUUAUUCACCUAUUUCUUUUUACCUGGCUGAUGGCUCCUUUCCAUAAUAAAGUGGACAAUGGAGUAAUGUUGAUGAAUGAAUAAAAUCCAAAUAUGUAUGUACAGUAUUAAAAUUAACUGAAUUACGGUAUUUUACAAAGUUACUGCUUAUGCAGUAUUUCCUGCAGCUCAUUUUAAAAUUUGUAUUACAAAAUAGGUGAAGCCAUAUGUUUGUUAAUCAGAAAACAUAACAUGGUAUGAGAAAUAACUUUUUCAAGUGGGCCAUUACUCUUAUCAGUACUUAUAUCAACCUACCGCAUCACCUAUUCAGCUAACUCAUGUACAGCCAAUACAUAGACAUCCCUUGUUAGCACAGCUACCAAGAUUCUUUUUGGUGACUACCAUAUACAGGUACCCCUCAGUGGCAUCAGUAUACAAAUGACUUAAUUAGUGGCAACUGUGCUACAUAGGGAUCCCUUAGUGGCAACAGCAUACAGUUAAGGACCUAUUGUUACUGUAGUAAUAGCACACCAUUUAGGACCUCUAGGUGGCAACACCAUACAAUUAAGGGCCCCCUUGGUAGCAUAGUAGACUUGGACCCCUUAAUGGCAGGAACUAUUCAGUGGUAUCAGUAUACAAGUUAGACUGAAUACAGUACAGUAUAUAGCAAUGGAGCUGGGCAUUAGCAUUUAUGUCUGAUGUAAUGCAGGUGAGAUGAACUCCUUUUAACAAAUCCAUUACUGUAAUUCAAUCUUUUUCUCCAAUAUGGCAAUGUUUUAGUAUUACAUUUCCGGUUAAAUAGGAAGAAUUUCUUAAGAGUAUGUAAGGAUUAAAUUGUUAUUGAUUUUAUUUUUGUGUGAAAGUGUUGUGAAGUUGCUUACAACUCAUAAUGGGUAUAGUGUCUUCACAGCCCCAGUGAGUACAACUUAUCGUGUAGCCGUUUUCACAGAUAAAGUUGAACCGAAUCUCUCUCACCCACAAUGUAGAUUACAUCUUGAAACAAAUUAAUUUAUUUGGAAAUAGACGAUCUUUUACUGUUAUUACAACUGAUCAAGAACUAUAUGCAUUUUAUCACAUGUGCAAUAGAAAAUUAAGUUCCAUCUAAUACCAUCCGAGUUCACACACUUAUUUCUUGGAUGUGGGUAUUUGUUUUGGUCACUUAUGUAAUGUUCUUAUUAAUUGUAAGAUAAUCAUGGUAAUAUUUCUGUUCAUGAUUCACUGAUCUCAUGUCUCAUCAAUUAUCACCAAGUCAUGCAUCAUUGUGUUCAUGUUGUGGGCAAUUAUUUCAGUACUGCACCUGUACAUAGAGCCUCAUGCCCCAUUACAUAAAGUCUUGUGCCCCAUUACACAAAGCCUCAUGCCCCAUUACAUAAAGCCUUGUGUCCCAUUACAUAAAGCCUCAUGCCCCAGUAUAUAGAUCAUGCCAAAGUUUGGUGGGCAUAGUUUUUGUGAUAUUGUUAUUAUUUAUUAACUUACAAUAAACAUUUUUAAAUUA